CAAAAGUUGCUGGGCCAGGGAUUGAACCGAACUACAGCAGUGGUAACACCAGGUCCUUAGCCACUAGGCUGCCAGGGAACUCCUAAUGUUUACUUUUGAUGUAGGGUGUGGAGGUGGGCAGGGAUUAGAAGGUGGGGAGGACUACUAGGGUGAUGGUCAUGUUCUGUAUCCUAAUCUGUGAUGUUACACGGAGAUGGGGGGGUGUUCAGCAUGAAAGUUAAGCAAGGUGAGUUCCUGUCACUUUUCUCUAUACUGUGAAAAAAGUACGCAAAUAGCGUGGCAGUUGGGCCUGUGGAAUUGUGUGUUGUACUGAAAAAUACUUAAUAUCGGUGUGGUUCCUCUUGAAAAGUUAGUUCAGAUAGUUAUUUUUAUCCGGUGUAGUGGAAAAAAAUUGGAAAUUGGGUUUAUGGGACUGAGUCCCGCUCAGGAAAAUAUUACAAACCUCUCUGAGAGAUGUAAAAUUGAGCUCAUAAUUACGUGCUCACGGGAUUGCUGUAAAACAUAAAGAAUUACUACUCACAGAACUAAGGGUGAACAAGCAAAACUACAAUGAAGUGAUAACAAGAAAUAUCCCAAACGGCAAAGAAUUAAAAACUGCCGAUUUGAAGUGAGAGUAUACGCCAGAACCAUGUAUGCCAUGCUAUCCGUGCAGUUAAUUUAAGGCAUUAAAAUUCUUAAAUUGUAUCUUAAGAUUAGUUCCGCAAAACUGGUAUCAGAAAACAAAUACCUUACCACCGAGAACUCCAACAGGAAUGGCGUGACAUUAGAGUAUUGUGGGACUUGUAGUUUCGGACGCCGAAGGGCAUUCCCCCCAACUCCACCCCAGUCCUUCGGGAUUGGUGAGGAAUAGGUGACUAUCUGGGCUGUGAGCCCGAGUACAGAGCUCAGUCCCUGCGGGCUGGCGGGUUACCUUCACCAAGAUACGCUCUUCCCGCCUAGCCAGCGGGGCUGUAAGGAGGCGAGACCCUCACGCGGUAGUGACGUCACCUUCCGGCGCCACCUCCUUGGUUUCCCUGGCGACCGGCCUGAGCUCCGCGCCGACUCUAGGGAGAUGCUGGCAAGGCGGCAGCGCGAUCCCCUCCAGUCUCUGCAGCGCCGCAGUCAGGAACUGAAGAAGCAGGUUGAAGGUUUGCUUUCUGAGAGUCGACUGAAAGGAGCUCUAGAAGCCAGCAAAAGACAAGAUAUUUACCAAAGAUGUAUCCAGUUAAAACAGGCAAUAGAUGAAAAUAAAAAUGCUCUUCAAAAAUUAAACAAAGCGGAUGAACCUGCACCUGUUGGGAAUUAUAAUCAGAAGAAAGAAGAUGAACACAAUCUUUUGGAUAAGCUUACCCACCAACUGCAGGAACUUUCUGUGUCCAUAAGUAAAGAAAAUAUAACUGAAACUCAGGCACUUACUGAAAGAGAGGAAGAUGACAGUUCUGCUGAAGAAGAUGAAGAAGAAGAAGACGAAGACAAAGAAGAAAGUGAAGAAAGUGGUGGGGAGGAAGAAGAAACAGAAGAGGAAGAGGAAAAGAAACAGGAAAAUGAGCCUCACCAAGAGGCACCCAGUGGAAGAUACAUUGCUGUUGGAGAUUUCACUGCUCAGCAAGUCGGAGAUCUUACAUUUAAGAAAGGGGAAAUUCUCCUCAUAAUUGAAAAAAACCCUGAUGGUUGGUGGCUGGCCAAGAACGCCCAAGGAAACAAAGGUCUUACUCCCAGAACCUACUUAGAGCCCUAUAAUGAAGAAGGCGAAGAAUCUAGUGAAGAGGGCAGUGACGAAGACACAGAGGUGGGGAAUGAAACGGCAGAGGGAGCAGAAGUUAAACAGAGAGCUGAUUCUCACUGGAGUGCUGUCCGAAAAGCCAUCUCAGAGCAGAUAAACACUGUGGAUGUGUUGACCACAAUGGGCGCUAUUCCUGCCGGGUUCAGGCCCUCCACACUCUUUCAGCUUCUGGAGGAAGGCAAUCAGUUUCGAGCAAGUUACUUCUUACAGCCAGAGCUCUCUCCUUCACAACUGGCCUUCAAAGAUCUUCUGUGGGAUGCUAAAACAGGCGCUAUUAGGUCAAGACCAAGUCGUGUCUCAUUGAUUCUGACCCUCUGGAGUUGUAAAAUGAUUCCUCUUCCAGGAGCAAGCAUCCAGGUUUUGAGCAGACAUGUGCGCCUUUGUGUGUUUGACGGCAGCAAGGUUUUGAGCAACAUUCACACAGUCAGGGCCACGUGGCAACCUAAGAAGCCCAAAACAUGGACCUUUUCUCCCCAGGUUACUGGCAUUCUGCCGUGCUUGCUUGAUGGUGAUUGUUUCAUCAGGUCCAAUUCUUCAUCUCCAGAUCUCGGAAUAUUAUUUGAACUUGGAAUUUCUUAUAUUCGCAAUUCAACUGGUGAAAGAGGAGAAUUAAGUUGUGGCUGGGUGUUUCUUAAGCUUUUUGAUGCCAGUGGAAUUCCUGUUCCAGCAAAAACUUACGAACUCUUCUUGAAUGGAGGCACCCCAUACGAAAAAGGUGUUGAAGUGGACCCUUCAGUAUCCAGAAGAGCACAUGGUAGUGUUUUCCAUCAGAUGAUGACAAUGAGAAGGCAGCCUCAACUUCUAGUAAAACUGAGAUCUUUAAACAGAAGAUCAAGGAACAUGCUAAGUCUACUGCCAGAAACAUUAAUCGGAAGUAUGUGCUCCACUCACCUGUUGAUAUUUUAUCGCCAAAUUCUUGGAGAUGUGCUCCUGAAAGACAGGAUGAGCAUGGACAGUGCUGAUUUAAUUAGUAAUCCAGUACUGGCCACUUUCCCCAAGCUGUUAGAGCAGCCGGACAUUAUGGAUGCACUCAGGAGUUCCUGGGCUGAGAAGGAGAGUUCACUGAAGAGAUCAGAGAAGAGUGACAAGGAGCUCCUGAAGGCUGCAUUCCUCCUGGUUUACCACGACUGUGCACUCCCGCUUCUUCACUCCACGCUCCUGCCCCAGCUCCGGUGGGCAGAGGAGGAGAGUGAGGCUGCCCGCUGGAAGGUCAUCACCGACUUCCUUAAGCAGAACCAAGAAAACGACGGCGCCCUCCAAGCUCUGCUGUCACCAGAGGGAGUCCAUGAGCCUUUUGACAUUUCGGAGCAGACCUAUGACUUCUUGGGUGAAAUAAGAAAGAACACAGCCUGACAGUGGUGGCCCUUGACCCUCAGCGCCCGCCCUGAGUCUGACAGACCCUCCACAAAGACCCGAAUAAAUGACAGAACCGCAAGUAACUGUCACAUUAUAACUUAGGCUUUAUGCGUCUUUGUACAUGCCACAUUCUAUAAGAAAUAUUUAUCUGAUAAUUCGAAUUCGUGUUAAUACAAUAAAAUAAAAUUUUAGAAGGAAUACUGUCA